UUUAGUACAUCUAUUUAGAGAGGAGGUUUAGGUAAUGAAACUAAACACCCAAGAAACCAAGAGAGCAAUAUAAUGUGUCUUUGUCGGACAAGAAAAUUUUCAAUGUUUAUGUUCUUCUAAAUACUACCUACUGAACCAGUGAUUUUCAACGUUUCUGUUCUUCCAAAUACUGCUUACUGAAUCAGUGAUUUUCUGCGUUUUUUCAAAUACUGUCUACUGAAAACAGUGAUUUUCUGCGUUUUUCCAAAUACUGCCUACUGAAAUGAAACCAGUGAUUUUCUGGGUUUUUCCAAAUACUGCCUACUGAAAUGAAACCAGUGACUUUUUGUGUUUUUCCAAAUACUGCCUAUUGAAACUAGUGAUUUUUUGUGUUUUUCUAAAUACUGCCUACUGAGCCAGAUUUUCUGCGUUUCUGUAUAUAGAAACAUAUAUGGUUGAUAACAUAAUGCAAGGGUUUGAAUACAGGUCCACCGGAGCAGGGUGUUCCGGUACCGACGGCGAGGAUAGAGUGAUGAAGGAGCAAGAUCGGCUACUGCCGAUAGCAAACGUGGGGAGGAUUAUGAAGAAGAUUCUCCCCCCUAACGCGAAGAUCUCAAAAGAGGCGAAACUCACCAUGCAAGAAUGCGUUUCAGAGUUCAUUAGCUUCGUGACCGGAGAGGCGUCGGAUAAGUGCCAGAAGGAGAAGCGGAAAACGGUGAACGGCGACGACGUUUGUUGGGCGCUGGGGAGUUUAGGGUUCGACGAUUAUGCGGCGCCGUUGAAGAGGUAUCUGCAUAGGUACAGAGAGAUGGAAGGAGAAAGGGCGAAUCAAAGUAAGAGUGUUGCAGGUGAAAGGGAAGAAGAGAAGGAAGGUGCACCAAUCCAAUUUUUGCCCUACAGCUUUCCCAACCAACAAUUUCAUCAAGUGAUUAAUAUUGACUAA